AUGCAAUUCACUGUCACCCUGCUCAGCCUCGCCAGCCUCGGCCUGAACAUCCUCCCUGCUCUGUCCGCAGCGGUUCCCGCCGCUGACUUGGCUCGCCGCGCCGAGGAGUCAACCACCCAUGUCUAUCUCUCUGACAACAACGAGAAGCGGCACACCUACGGCGUAGGUGAUGAUGAGAUCGCAAAACGGCACAGCUACGGCUUAGAUGAAGACGAGAUCACCAAGCGCGACAACAACGAGAAGCGACACACCUACGGCGUAGGGGAUGAUGAGAUUGCAAAGCGACACAGAUACGGUUUUGAUGAAGACGACAUUGCAAAUGAAGAUAAGCGCAAGAAUAACGAAAAGCGACACACCUACGGCGUAGGUGAUGACGAGAUCGCAUGA